AUGUCAAGCUUCCCGCAGACCUUCAUCUCGACAGUGUCUCACUGGCAAGCCUCGAAUCGGGGUCCUACCAGUCUCUAUAACUAUGGAAAAGGUAGCAGCUUGUCGGAGAACGCCCAUGUCGUUAUCAUCGGGGCUGGAAUGACAGGCGAACGCUCCGAUGCUAAGCGAAAAGGUGCAUCUUUGGCAUACCAACUCAUCAAUCAAGGCGCUCUACCGAAAGGAAAGAAGGUGGCUGUACUGGAGGCGAAAGAUGUGGCGAGCGGUGCUACCGGCCGGAACGGUGGACACGUGCGACCUGCCUCCUUCCAUUCUUAUCCCGGCCUAAUUCGCCCACUCAAGGACGGCGGUGCUGGUCAUACUCCUGAAGAAGCGGUUAGGAUUCUCGAAGAUGAAGAGGAAAAUAUGCGCUUGGUAGCGCAGAUAGUGGAGCGAGAGAAGCUGAACCAGGGCGCUUUCGGGGCUGACUUCCAAGUGUUCCGAAAUGAAGCGGAGAAGAAGGCCGGGAAAGAGGCACUUGAGGCAUAUACUGCCGCUCGAGAGAAGUACGGGUAUCCGCCGGCACAGGGAAUCAAGUUCGUGGACGACGCAGAGGAGGCGAAGAAGGUGAGCAGGACUUAUUUCACUCGCCAAGAUCACGCUGCAGGCUAUGCCGUCACUCCAGCAGGGAUGGUCCACCCGCACAAGCUCGCCACUGCGCUUCUCCGCCUAGCUCUCGCCACAGGCCAGUGCGAGCUAUACUCCUGGACCCCGGUGUCGAAUUUUGAAAAGACCGGCGAGACCUGGAUCGUCCAUACCAGUGAGGGGGACAUCACAGCGGAACAGGUGGUUCUUGUCACGGGAGGGGGGUGA